AUGUUCUCUCCUAUCAGCACCCUUACAGUUUAUUCUUCCAUCGGUACCGAUCCUCUGAAGAUGGCUUCAGGUCCCACGGCCAAUGACCCCAAAGCAAUGUCUCCAGACAUCAGGCAAAAGGGAGAAUACCACAUUCAAUUGAUUAAAUUCCCCCUCGCUGACAAAAAGACCCCAGCUGACAAAACAUGGGAUACCCCCCACUACGGCUUCCAACCACAUAUCAACAAGGAACAUGUCUUCUUCUCAAAUGUCUUCGCCACCUCGGGCAAAGAGAUCGAACAGCCCAAAUUCACUGUCCCAGCGACCAAGAAAAUCAAGGCCCGCCAGUGA